UUAUAAAUUAACGAUCAAUCAAUAAAAAUAAUUGUGAAAUAAUUUUAUUUACGUUGUUGCUAAAAAUAAAAAUUCUAUCACGAGUGGCGUAUAUAGUCGAUCGAGAUCGUCGCGCCAAAUUUCUUGGGGUUUGAUCUUGGCUCCCAGUCUUAUGUUGACUUAAACUAGUAUAUUAAUGGAUUCCCAUUUUGAUCAUAGAGUAUUAUGUUACCUAAAUUUUUGUGUUUGAAACUCUUUAUAUCUCUUUAUUUAAAAAUUGUUAUACCUGACAAAAAACCGAACAUUAUUUCCAAGUUUUUUUUUCUGCAUUAGAUGUUAAAAGUUUUAAUAUAACAAAUUUUUCAAAGAAAAAAAAAUAUCGUUAAAGAAAAAAAUAAAGAAUAAUGGAACACCAGUAUCCAGAGAAGGGGAAUUAUGACCAUUCUCAGCAACAACAGUAUCCUCCCAAUUCCUCAUUAACGACUGUUCCAUAUCCAGGACCAGAACAACAAGGUCCUCCUCCAACAAUUAUACCGGCAGAAAACCAGCAAUCUUCUUAUACGUAUGCUGAUACCUAUUCUCAGCAACAACAACAGCAAUAUAUUCCUGCUCCUACAAUGCCAGAAGCUAAUCAAAAUAAUAAUGAACAAUCGAUUUCGUAUCCGCCAUCCUAUAAUAGUAACCAGUACAAUCUACCACCUGAGGCAUCAUAUAAUAAUCAAUAUAAUCCACCACCCGAGGCAUCUUACCAGUAUAAUCCAUCAUCUGAAGUAUCUUAUAAUAACCAGUAUAAUCUACAACCUGAAGCAUCUUAUAAUAAUAACCAGUAUAAUCUACAACCUGAAGCAUCUUAUAAUAAUAACCAGUAUAAUCCAUCACCUGAGGCACCUUAUUCUUAUAACAAUAAUCAGUAUAAUUCGCAAUCUGAGGCGACAUAUAAUAAUAAUCAGUAUAAUCCGCCACUUGAGGCGUCUUAUAAUAAUAACCAGUAUAUUCCACAACCCGAACCAUCUUAUAAAAAUAGCACGUAUAGCUCACCACCACCACUGGAACCGUCUUAUAAUACUUCAUAUAACUUACCACCACCGCAACCACCGCAACCACCGCAACAGACAUCUUAUAGUAAUAAUUCGUACAGUUCAGCCCCUGAACCAUCGUAUACUGUACCAUCAAAUCAACCACCAAAUCAACCACAAUCUUAUAAUAAUAAUGUUUAUUCUAGUUCUUCUUCAAAUGCUUCCCCAUAUUUAACGAAACCAUAUUCUCGUACUCAAAAUUAUAAUAACGCACAGCCAUCAAACGUCUCUCCGUCUUCAGCACAACCUUCAAAUUAUGACGAUAAAUCACCAAGACCUCCAAAAAAUUAUUCACCAUCAAAACCUAUAACAGGACCUGAUUAUUCAUCAUCAUAUACGGUUGCUCCAAAUCAAUCGAGACCAGUACAGGAUCGUUUACCACCCAGUUAUGGAGGAACAAAACGUCCGCGUCGAAAUGAUUGUGCGGAUUGUGCGGAUUGUUUUUCAAUAUGUGGUUGUAUAAGGUGUACUUGUACUGUAAUUACUUUUAUUUUCGCCGCACUUUUUAUAGCUGCAGGUAUUUUCUUAAUUAGUUAUUCAAAAAUUUUACCAGGAAAAUGUCAAGGUAUUUGUGACCCUACAAAUGGAGGUAUACAAAAUCCCAGCAAUUUGCCAGGCAAUGUUGACAAUUCACUCGAUAAAAUUAACAAUGAAAUUAGUAAUGGUACUCAACAAUGUUCUAGUUUAUGUAAGGAUAGUGUUUUUAAAAUUCUAUUUUAUGGUGGGAUAGGGUUUAUAGGUCUUGGUUCUAUAAUAGCUUUAACUCAAAUUUUAUGUAUGUGUUGUAGAGUUGGUUCAAGUGGUGGAAGAGGUACAGGUUGUUGUUAUUGUUGCUGAGAAUAACUAAUUGUUUAUAUGUCAAAUUCGAUUCCAAAAAGUUAUAUCUAUUUUUGUUUAUUUAAAAAUUUAUUUUUUUU